UGAUAGUUCUCAGAAGUUCAGAUACUGGUGUAUUCCACGCAUUGUAUAUUAUGUAAACCUAACAUGGAAAGUUUGCAGUUGACAGAAGAGGAAAGAAAAGUCUUAAGAGAAUGUCGUGUAAACAGCAUGUUCAGAGGUGUUCCUACGGGAAUUUUUUCUGCCUUUCUUACAAGUUUUGCUGUUAGAAGUGGGAGAUUUCCACAUCUAGCAAAAUGGUCUCGUUUCUACUAUGGAGUGACGUUUACUGGUGGGUUGUUAUUUGGUGUGGCAUCCUACAGAAGAACUUGUUUGGAGAAAAUUAUGUCUCUAGAAAAUUCUGUUUUGGCUGAGCAAGUAAAUGAGUACUUAAGGAGGUCAGGAGUGGAAUAUAUAGGUCAAAAGCAUGAAAAAAAGGAUUCAGAAUUUGAUGAUAGUAAUCCUUAUGAUGUUUCAAGAGAUGUUGUGACUGGAAACACCCCAUAUUUAUCCAGUGAAUUAAAAAGUGAAAAUGACAGGAGGACUUCAUCCAGUACUUUGGAAACAUCGUCCACAUUAAAAGAUGAAUUAAGCUUUGAAGAACGGCGAAAGCAACAUAGACAACAGUUUAGUAUGAAUCAAUAUCCCAUCAUACGAUCAACAAGGAAACCUAAUGAAAGAACUACACCUAGUCACGAAAAGCCAUCUACUGAAUCUCUUCAUCAAGAUCCAAGUGCACACGUAAAGAAAAAUAUAUAUGGGGAUCCUAUUGAAUAGCUUGUUAAAUAUCACAUUGUCUUUACCAAUGUCUUGCUCAACCCAUGUUUUAAGAUGUAUUACUUUUCAACUUCUGCAAUCUCGAUCUUGCCCCUGGUGUCAAAUGCAGUAUUAUCAAUCAAAUUUUGGACUCUGGUUUAUUCCUGUAUGUAAUUGAUUGAUUACAACACAUAUUUUAUGGUAACAUAUAUAGUAAGCAAUAUUUUCGAUGUAAGUUGAAAAAUUUGAGUUGAUGUAAUUUGGAAUUAAAUAUACGUUUAAGUGUA